UUCAACCUCUGUAGUCAGCAGAACGAGCGGCUUAGCGGAGCAGCGGAGCAGCGCAGCAUCCUCGGAUACAGCAUCCUGCAGAUGACUCCGCUCCAUGGAGAAGGAGGAGGGAAGGGAGCAGGCGCCGCAGAGGAGGUAGCCCCGCGGACGAGGGGAGACUGAGAGGGGGGAAGAGAGUGGGAAAUGAGGGGAACUGAGCAAACAGCGCUGCUAGUCUGAGGAACGCUGCAGCGGUACUAAAUCUGGCGCUGUCAGGCAGAGCCCCUCAGCCGAGCAGUGAGCGGAGGAGGCAGGGGAGCAGAGAAGAAGGAAAAGUGAUGCGAGGAGGUGAUUUCAUCACUCUGGACGAGCAGGGAUGGGAGCCCUAAGAGCCGCUCUGUCAGCAGAUCAAACUUCGCACAGGAAAAGUGCCUUUGGAUCACCAGCCUGAGUGCGGGGUGAAGAGAACAGAGCUUUUGUGUCAGUUGCUGGAAGGUGAAGCCUCAUCCAGUCUCCGACUACCGCACGGCUCAACACAGCGCUCAGCCUCAGCCGCCCUCUUCCCGGCACCCCGCUGAGUCCGCUCCCGGUGAAUGUCUUCUCUGCAAGCGCUCCCACUGCUCGGCAGUUGAACACACUCAUGGUAGAUGCCAAGGGAAGGAACAUGAAAUGUCUGACUUUCUUCUUAAUGCUUCCCGAGUCAGUGAAGAGCAAGUCGAGUAAAAGCUCCAAGAAGGGGAAUGCCAGCGGAGGCUCCAAGCUGCCCCCUGUUUGUUAUGAGAUAAUCACCCUGAGGAGCAAGAAGAAGAAGAAGAUGGCAGCGGACAUUUUUCCCACCAAAAAGCCCGCUUCCACCACCACCACCACCACCGUGCAACAGUACCAGCAGCAGCAGAACCUCAACAACAACAACACCAUCCAGAACUGUAACUGGCAGGGACUCUACUCCACUAUAAGAGAAAGGAAUUCGGUAAUGUUCAACAAUGAGCUGAUGGCGGAUGUUCACUUCGUGGUGGGUCAGACUGGAAGGACCCAGCGACUGCCCGGACACAGAUAUGUUUUGGCAGUGGGCAGCUCAGUGUUCCACGCCAUGUUUUAUGGCGAACUGGCUGAAAACAAGGAUGAAAUCCAUAUUCCAGAUGUGGAACCAGCGGCAUUUCUGGCAAUGCUGAAAUAUAUUUACUGCGAUGAGAUUGACCUGAGCGCUGACACAGUGUUGGCAACGCUUUACGCCGCCAAAAAGUACAUUGUGCCUCACCUGGCACGUGCCUGCGUCAACUUCCUGGAGACCAGCCUGAGCGCCAAGAACGCCUGCGUGCUCCUCUCCCAGAGCUGCUUGUUUGAGGAGCCCGAGCUGACGCAGCGCUGCUGGGAGGUGAUUGAUGCCCAGGCCGAGCUGGCGCUAUGCUCAGAGGGCUUCUGUGACAUCGACUCGCAGACUCUGGAGAGUAUCUUACAGCGAGAGACGCUCAACGCUAAAGAGAUAGUGGUGUUCGAGGCAGCGCUCAGCUGGGCGGAGGCUGAGUGCCAAAGACAGGAGCUCACCUCGUCCACUGACAACAAGCGGAAGGUUUUGGGCAAAGCCAUGUACCUGAUACGCAUCCCUACCAUGGCCCUGGAUGACUUUGCCAAUGGAGCAGCCCAGUCGGGGGUGCUGACACUCAACGAGACCAACGACAUAUUCCUUUGGUACACAGCGGCCAAGAAGCCGGAGCUGCAGUUCGUCAGCCAGCCCAGGAAGGGCCUGACACCCCAGCGCUGCCACAGGUUCCAGUCCUGCGCCUACCGAAGCAACCAGUGGCGCUAUCGGGGCCGCUGCGACAGCAUUCAGUUCGCGGUGGAUAAGAGGGUUUUCAUCGCCGGGUUCGGCCUGUACGGAUCUAGCUGCGGCUCGGCAGAGUACAGCGCCAAGAUUGAGCUCAAGCGCCAGGGAGUGCUGCUGGGACAGAACCUCAGCAAGUACUUCUCCGACGGCUCCAGUAACACCUUCCCAGUGUGGUUCGAGUACCCGGUCCAGAUCGAGCCGGACACCUUCUACACGGCCAGCGUGGUGCUGGACGGGAACGAGCUGAGCUACUUCGGACAGGAAGGAAUGACGGAGGUGCAGUGCGGGAAGGUCACCUUUCAGUUCCAGUGCUCCUCGGACAGCACCAACGGCACCGGGGUGCAGGGCGGGCAGAUCCCAGAACUCAUCUUCUACGCCUGAGGUCCUGCCACACACCUGACUGACUGCCAACACGCUGAAGGAGAAUCAGCGAUCACUCUGUGCAUAGUGUCACUUACUGUUAUUUAUUUUUGUCACAAUUGUGAAAAAAAAAACGAAACAAAAAAAAAUCUCAGACCUGCAACAGGGUCGAUUGUGGUUUUGCUUUCAGUAAAUGGUCCAUUCAGCUUGGACCAGAUAUGUUAUAUCAUCCAAAACACGCAGUGAAAUAGUCAAAAAGGAAAACAAACAGAAUAUGUUGCACCUCUUGUGCAUGUAUAUAUGAAUAUAUGUAAAUUCAGAAAUAUAUAUGAUGCUACAACCGCGGCCAACACUGGCUGCAUAAAUGUCUUAUAUGAUGACUAUCUUACAGUAUGUUUAUUACUUCUAUGCUUGCAUAGAAUGCACAUAAAUAGCAGCAAUACUUUACACUCUACAUCCUAUGAGGAGCAUUUCCCAUCACGACUCUGUCUCAUUAGGGACGUGGAAAAGGCUGAGACUCAAAACAGCGCUCUGCACGACUGCAGUCAGAAGCAUUGUUUGUCCUGUUGUAGCGUGUUAUUCCAUGUAGGCAUUUGUAUAUGAGUGAUUCCAAUCAAAUCUGCAGCUUAUUGAUAUUUUCAAUCUAGUAACGGGGCACUUAGAAGCGGUGGGGUCCUAGAAUAGGGAGCACUAGAUGUAACAUACACGUAACCCCUGGAGUAUCUCUCUCUGUAGCAUGUCGCUCUGCACCCACACUCGUCUCAGUCACUCCAGUGAUGCUUCAUUUCGUUCGGUGUCAUGUUUACGGUGAUAUUCUACUUGAUUACUAUUCACCGCUCCACUGUGGAGCAGAGGUUUCCAUUGGUUUGAGCUCUAUCUACACUGGGUACCUAACAGCAUGGACAGGGCUGCUCUGUCUCACCCAGUGUGUGCUACUAAUUGUUCUGGCGCCUUGGUUUUGUUUAAAAGAUUAAUGAUUGUUUGCGUGUUAGAAGAUGUUUAUCUUAUAGACGCCCACGUCUUUGUUAGAAACCUUGUGCUCUCUGAACUGCUAAGCACCUCGUCCCAACGUGAUCGACUAUAUCAGUAUGUGCAGAAGCUUCUGUAUAUGCUGCACAAUUGCACUGGUGAUUUUUUUUUUUUUAUUAUUGAUUUUGUUACUUGUUCUUUUUAAUGCAGCGAUUCUUUUAAAAAAUCUCUCUGAUUUUCUGUGCUACUGAAUUUUCCCUCUGAUGUGGCCCGAGCGACCACAGGCUCGUCUGCUGGCGACGAAAGGGGCAACGCGGGUCCCGUGUUUAUGUGCUACAGCGCCGGGGGACCUCGGAAUGUGUAUGAUUGUUGAUGAUGCCAAUAAACAAAGCAUACUGGAA